AUGGCUAAGUCAUUUGGAGCAUCAUCAACAAUACUCAUUGUUCCUAUAAGACCAGUUCCUUUCCAAAUUCAGGUGAUGAUUUCUGUCCAUCGUUCUUUCCCUAGCACAAGAACACAGAAGUUUUGUCGAAAUGAGUACAACUUGACUGGUCUCUGCUCCCGAAAGAAUUGUCCUUUGGCCAAUAGCCAGUAUGCAACUGUUCGAGAACAGGAGGGUGUCCUUUGUCUUUACAUGAAGACCAUUGAGAGGGCAGCUUAUCCAGCAAGGCUGUGGGAGAAGGUGAAGUUGUCCAAGAAUUAUGAGAAAGCCAUGCAGCAGAUUGCUGAGAAUCUUGUAUUUUGGCCCAAGUACAUCAUCCAUAGGUGCAAACAGAGAUAUCUAAGGAUUACACAAUAUCUCAUCCGGAUGAGAAAGCUUCAAUUGAAUCGACAAAAGAAACUGGUGCCAUUGCAGAGGAAGAUAGAAAGGAGAGAGAGGCGGAGAGAAGAGAAGGCACUUGUUGCUGCACGGCUAGAUAAUGCUAUUGAGAAGGAGCUUCUUGAAAGACUCAGAUCAGGAACGUAUGGUGACAUCUAUAACUUCUCUCAAGUGGCUUUUGAUCAUGCAUUGGAUGAAGAGGAGGUAGAGUCAGAGCAUGAAGAGGAAAUAGAAAUAGAAGAGGAAAAGGAGGGAAGAGAGGAUGAAGAAGAGGAUGAGGAAGGAGUGGGAGACAGAGAAUUUGUGGCAGAUGAAGACUUUGAAGAAAGUGAUAUCUCUGAUAUGGAGGACUUGGCUCUGGAUGGGAGCGAGUCUGAGGAAAGCCUGAAAGGACACAAUGAUUCUGGAUCUUCUGAGAGCGAUGAAGAAAAGCCUGGGCCAAGUGUGAAAUUGAGAAAGCAUGGAAAACGGUCUGGGAUGGGGAAACCUCGUGUGGAGGUCGAGUACGAAUAUGAACGUGUCCCUAAGAAGGCUCUUUCCAAGGCAUCAUAACAUCAUCCUUCCAUUUUUCAAUAUAAAUGUCUCUUUUUCUC